AUGAGCACCGAAACUCUUAAUAUCGAUGAGCUGAUUGGCGAGGCAACAAAUCUGAUCAAGGAUAUCAAUCAAACGUUAAACAAAGCAUACAAAAAAACUGCAAAGGCCAUUUACGAUGCCAAAGGUUUUGAGCUAUUUUUGAUAGAUACGGGAGCCUCUUCCCCUGAUGAUAUAGAGACUCUUAAAUACGAAUGGUUUAAUAAAUAUUCAAAAGAAGAGAAAAAAGAAUAUAUUGAUAAAGUAAAGGAGAUACCACUUGCUCAAUUACUAUCAUAA